AUGAGUGCAGCAGUCCUCUGCAGCAGUCUGGUGUACAAAGCGCGAGUUCAGGCCGAAAUUGAUGUAGAGGCUGGUGUCGAGGCUGACGACGAUGCUAGUGUUGAUGCUAGCGCGUUAAGGCAGGCGUGUCGAGGCUGUUGUGUAGAGGCUGCUGUAUCAAAAUUGCUAUGUCGGAAGCUGCGCAGGAUCUACUGCGGGCAACCGACCCGUACGCUCCGAAAGGAAUCGAAUAAAUUUGUUGGAAAGAAGGUAUGGUGA